CGUGUAGAGGGUGGCGGCGGCCUAGAGGCGGAAACCAGGAACUGGGAGCCGGUAAAGCGCCAUGGAGGAGUCGGAGCGGCGGCGGAGGCACCGGAAGCGCAGCCCGCGGGGAAGCCCCCGGGAGGCCGGCAGGUCGCAAUCGAGGAAGAAGCGCCGGUCCUCGGGCAAAAGGAGCAGGUCGCCGCUGCCUCGGGAAAAGCGGAGCCGGAGUCCCCGACACGCCGGUGUCAGGAUAAAGCAGGAACCAGAGGAUCAUUCUCGGAGGGGACAUGAAGAGCGGCAGAAUCAAGACCGCUCAGAGCUUGACCGUAGGCAACCAAAAAGCAAUAGAGAGAGGUACCGGGAUCAUUCAGCUCGAAGGAAGCUCACUAAGGAACAGGCUGAGAGUCGUGGAAGGAAACAGGAUGCCAACCAUCUCCUGGAUCAGCAGGCGGAAAGGGAGUUUUAUAAUGAGAGGCGGCGGCAACAUCGUCAACAGAUGGAAGCAAGUGGAGAUGAGGAAAAUAGUGAAGGAAAAGGGCCCAGCAACAAGAAUACGGACAAGGAGGCUAGCCAGAAGGAAAAACCAAGCUUUGAACUAUCUGGUGCUCUUUUGGAGGAUUCCAAUACUUUUCGUGGUGUUGUGAUCAAAUAUACCGAACCCCCAGAAGCACGCAUUCCCAAAAAGCGAUGGCGUUUAUAUCCCUUCAAGAAUGAUGAGGUUCUUCCUGUAAUGUAUAUUCACCGGCAGAGUGCUUAUCUGUUGGGAAGACACCGACGCAUUGCUGAUAUUCCUAUUGACCAUCCCUCAUGCUCUAAACAACAUGCUGUUUUUCAGUACCGGCUUGUGGAGUACACCCGUCCUGAUGGCACAGCAGGUCGGAAGGUGAAACCAUACAUCAUUGACCUCGGCUCGGGCAAUGGCACCUUUCUGAAUAACCAACGCAUCGAAUCUCAGCGCUAUUAUGAACUGAGAGAAAAGGAUGUGCUAAAAUUUGGCUUCAGCAGCAGGGAAUACGUCCUCCUCCACGAGUCCUCCGAUGCCACAGAGGACGAUCAGAAGGCAGAAGAGGAGGAGGAGGAAGAAUCGGUCUGUCCUGCUGAUAGCGAGUAAACCUGGAUCCCCUAGGAUCCAUCUAGUGGACAUUGGAGCCCUGAGGCUCCGGGUGCCCCCGCUGCCUUAACAUUCGGAGGCUCCUCAGAGGGAGAUGCCCAGACAUGGUAACAGGCCAGGAACAACCCCAUUUUUGCUUUGGGGGUGACAUUUUUAAAAGUUUGAUGCUUCAGUGGCAUCCGGUAAUUUUUCCAAUGCAUGUUUCAUGAUUAAAAUCUCAUAAGUGGUCGACCAUCCUGAAUACGCAGGGCCGCCAUUUACAGUUAAUAGAACCUUUUGCUCGUUUUGUCCCUUUUUUAUUCCUUGUGCAGUUUGUCUAAAAAUAGAUGCUUUUUGGUUCAGAGAAUACAGAG